UCACUUUUCGAGCUAGUCGUAAAAUAACUUCACCUAUGCUUUGCGGCCCAGGAGGAAAGCUCAUCCCGCCAGCUCAACCCUAGUCGUCAGACCUCGGCUUUAAACUCCCUUAAUUCCUCGUCACAGCCAUGCCCGCAUCGCCUUUACUCGCGCCCCGCGCGCCCUGCUCUCGCGCGGACCUCACCGCAGCCAUGUGGACUCCCGCCGCACCCGCCGCGGCUGCAGCCGUCUUUUUGCCGCCGUGCAUCGCCGCGCAUUCCCCGCGCAAUAUCGGCGGCCGAACGGGCGAGCGCGGUGCCUGCAGCGCGUCGCGGUGCGGCUGCCACCAGCAGCGCAGCUGUCGCGAUAGGCGACACGCGCGUCUGCUCGUAGCGCGUACACGUGCGGAAGUUAACGCGAGGGCCGCCUUUCGCCCCGCUUCUCCGCCUCCCGCCAGUCCUGCGGCUUCCGCGGGCCGCGUUCACGCCGCCGUUGCUGCAGGCCCCGCUGUGACCGCAGAGCCGCAAUCUGCGGCCAGCGCAGCUCUGCCGGCCGUUGUAACUCCGACAUUUCUGCCACGUGGUAUGGAGCAAGACAAAGGAGAUUCUCCCCCAACAAUCAGAUUGGAUAAAUUGGCUGACGGCUCGGCACAAACUGGCGGGGAGUUGGCAGACGGCGCGCGGAAAGCAAUGAAAGAAGCUUCGAGGCAGGAGGCGGUGGCGUCGGCAGCGGAGGAGCGAGCGGAGUGCGUCGUCGCGGGGCGCCCGAUGGGGAGGAGGACAGCGACAGGCCCCGUGAUUCUGCAAGCUGCUGAAGUGCAGCGCGACGGCAGCGUCAUCCUGCGCUUCAGCCCUCUGCCCGCCCGCCCUGCGCCCGCCACACGCGCUCCGCGCGCUGCAGCCGCCACAGCAGCGGAGGAUGAAAUGGGGAGGGGAGAUAAGGCACUGAGAAGCGGAAGGGGAGGAGAGGGAGGCGCGAGGGCAGAGGCGAGGGGAGAGGGAGAGGGGGAGCGGGAGGUGAGGGCGGAUGCGGGCGUGGUGGUGUACCUGACGGCGUGCACGAGCGAGCACAGCAGGGCCGUGCCCGACGCCGUCAUCGAGGAGAUCGUGGGGCUGCCCCUCCGCCUCACCCCAGUGGACCACGUGGCACAGUGGGUGGCCCUCACAGCGCACCACACCAUCGCAGCCAUCAGCGACGCCAUCCGCCUGCCAGCCUCCGCCCUCCGCCUCCACCGCCCUGCCCUGCCCUCCCUGCCGCAACUGCUGGGCCGUGCCAAGCCCCUCCUGCCUUCCCCUCCCUCCGCCUCUCCAUCCAUGCUGCAUGCUGGGGCGAAUAUACCUGAUGCGGUUGUAACGCCAAAUGCUAGUGAGGAGCAACGAAGCCCCCAUGCCUCUGACUCACUCCUCCACACCCUUUCGCCCUCUGCACCCACACAGCAGCAGCCAGCACCACAUACUGUGCUCCCUCAAAAUGGAAACACCCAACUCCCAGCAACCACACCAGCCCAGCGCCUUCCCUCCUCGUCACCCUCAGCCGUGCCUCCCUCCCCCGCUGCCUCCCUGGCUGUCACGGCCGUCGGGGGGGUCGUGCUGGCAGGCCUGGUUCAGUUCCUAGCCUCGCUCACAGGUCUGGUGGGGCGCAUGCCGGGCAGCAGCAGUGGCACGGGUCAGAGCAGGCUGCUGUGGAAUCUUCCAGCAGCUACAGUGCUGCUGCUGGUGGCGGCAGUGAAGGUUUGGGUGUCAUGGUGGCCUCACAGCCACAGGAAGCACAGUGUGGAGGUUGUUGGGGGGAAUGGGUUGUAGGUUGAAGUGUAAAUAAGUUUUGGGGAGGGGGAGAGCAGGAGUAGGAGAGACUGUGUCAUAAAAUGGUAAAACAGUUUGGGUGUCUGGGUUAGAAGUUGGAAUGGAGAUGGUCUCAUCUCCCAUCAUCUGAACUGACGUUCAUUGGACAUGCACUUGCAUGGGUUAUAUCUCUACUACACUUGGCGAUUGUAAAUAGAUGGCAUGAACUUGAAUGGGUUAGUGCAUUGUACAUAAUUUUUUGGGGUGAUUGU